AUGGGUCUCUCCGAAUUUUUCUCUGACGUUGUCUCCUCCUUCGGGUUCACCGAGGCCCAGGCUGAGGCUCCCGCUCAAGACACCGAGACCGAGACCACCACUCAGGAAGAGUCCGCCGAGAAGGAAGAGUCAGCCUCCACCGAGCCCGCCGAGGAGUCUCCCGCCGAGGAGGAGUCUUCCGAGGAGGCCCCCGAGGAAGAGGAGGCUGAGGCCGAGGAAGAAGAAGAAGAAGAGGAAGAGGAUGAGCCUGAGGACAUCAAGCCCAAGCUCGAGGAGGAGUGCGCCCACUCCGCCGUCUGCGCUCCCUACAAGCAUCACUAUGACGAGUGCGUUGAGCGCGUCACCCGCCAGCAGGAGGAUGAGGACUACAAGGGCCCCAAGGAGGACUGCGUCGAGGAGUUCUUCCACCUCACUCACUGCGUGACCGCGUGCGCUGCCCCCAAGCUCUGGAGGGAGUUGAAGUAA